AUGCCUGAACAAGGAACGGUGACAACCAAUGACAAGAAGAUUCCAUCAGGUACAGUUAUCGAUGAUGCCCUGGUGCCUACUACAACUAACUCGACUUCGACGUCAAGUAACGGGAAGGAAAACUCGAGUCCCUUAAGAGGUAAACAGAUUCAAAAGUCUCCUACUCCUCAGAAUAGAUCCUUGCCAGUAUUGAGUAGAGCAGACACCGGAAGAGAACAAAGUGUGAAUAGUACUAGUAAUAGUAACACGUCUACAGCAGCUGCAACCACUUUGGUAAAUAUGAAUUUAACAGCUGCUCCUAUUUCUGUGCCUACUACAAUGCCACAAUCUGCUACAUCGAGAAGAUAUAAUAAUAUAGAAGAUAUUAUUACACCUACAGUGACUGAGACACCAGCGUUACCAACAAGUGAAACUAAACAAAAUGAAUUACAAGUAAAACCGAAACGUAAUUCGUUACGUAGAGCCAAUAUCCCACCACCAUUGGGGUUACAACUACAAAAUGAUCAUACAACGUCAGGGGCAUCUUCUGCACCUGAACCUUCAAAAAAUAAUAAUAAUAAACUUCAUAUUCCAUUAGAUCCACAAUCUGCGUCUGCUAGACGUUUCUCGGCUACCACUACAAAAACUGGCGGAGUCUCGAAACUAAGAGUUAGAUAUUUAGGUAAAAUGUCAAGGUAUCCUGCCAACCAUAAUCCUAAUUCUACUUCCAACCCUAAUCAUAACGUACCACUCAGAAGGCUAUCCCAGAGUGGUGUUCCACCAGCACAAAUGCAGGCCCAAGCACAAUUAAAUGCUAUGCUACUGUAUAAUCAGCAACAGCAACAACAAUACAUGGCUACAAUGAUGAUGAUGGGAAUAUAUCCCUAUAUGUAUAACGAAAACGUACAGAUGCCAAUGCCACCAAUGCCACCAAUGCCAAUGCCGAUGCCGUUGGGACACCCUCCAAAUCAACCUCCUGUACCGAUGGAUAUGAAUACAGCACCAAGAUCGGCAAUGCUAUCAAACUUUCCGCCACAGACGUAUCCAUAUUUUAGAAACCAAGGUACUAUAGACAGUAGUUCAUCAAGUUUAUUAAGUAAAGGUUAUCAAGGAAUAGAUAACACUCUUCAUAACCACCAAAUACAGCAGCAACAGAAUCAAAUACAACAACAAAUACAACAACAACAGCAGCAACAGCAACACCAAUACCAACACCAAGCUUCUGCACAACCACCACAUUUAGAACAAAAUAGUUCACCUCAUAAAGAACACUUUGAUCAAGGUGAUGUAGAAAACGAUGAAGAAGAGGAAGAUGACGAAGAAGAGGAAGAAGAAGAAGCAGAUUUAGCAAUCGAAUCUGAUGCUCUCCCAACACCAAUCUUUACCAGACGUCCAACACCACCAGAGAUGAUGCAAGGUGAAAUCAGAAUCAUGCAAAACAAGUUUUCGUUCGAGUUCCCUGUCACCAACCCUGCAAUCGAUAGGAAAAUGUUCUUAAGCAUUUGUAACAAGAUAUGGACAGAAUCUCGCGAAUUGGAAAAGGAUAUAUAA